AUGUUCUUCGAAUACCGUUUCGCACCUCCAUGCGGGAAGAUAAAUAUAGCGAAUGUAUUUAAAUGUGUGCUCACGCGUGCGGGCGCGACGCAGUCAAGAUCAAGGGCGUGCGAUUGCGCAAGAGUUGGCUGUCGCAGCGCACUGCAACUGUGUGAUGUCAUCGCGUCUGCCGCGGCCCCCUCCCCCCGGCCCCUCCCCCGCCGCCGCCCCCCUCUAACCCCCGGAGCUCCCGGAGCCCCGCAGCCGCCGCACUCCACUCCUCUCAUCACGCUCGUUUCAGAAAGGCCGCGGACGCGGAACGUUCUAUUUUUAAAUUUUGUGCGAACUAGGUGGCCUUACUGUUAUCUAUGA